GGCGCGCCUGACCCGUAUCCUUGGUGGGGGGAGGGGCGGCGCCUGAGAGUCCCGCGCAUGCGCCCUGGUUCACACGGCGAGACGUGGAGCUCCACGCGUCCUAAGACGCCUGAGGCGGCGACCCUGGGACGCGCGUGAGACAGAGGGAAGACCCGCCCGCCUGUAGAGGUCGCCUUCCGACCCAGUCCCCAGCAGUCGCGGGCGGCGGGGUUUUUCUGGCCUGGAAGCCCGGCGGCUCCGAGGACAUCCCUGCCGCGGUGUUGCCGCCUGGAACCGUCCCAGCUGCGACUCAGGGAGCGCUGGCCACGUCCUCGCCUGCGGUUGUUCGCCCUCCUGUUGGUUUGUGCCCCGACUGGGUUACAGCCCCCUCCAGAUUUUUGGUUUUAGUGGGGAAGGCCAACCACGCGCAUGCAGCAGAACCGGCGGCCUCCCCCUUUUAAAGGAAAUACCCAACUUUGGAACAUUUUCCAGAGAACCACGAGGAGGCAGCCCAGGGUCCCGGUGGGGCUCGCGUUUCGUGCGGUUGGCCCCCAAGCCAGGCUAGGUUCGGAACCAAAAUGACAAAACUCUUAACCUUAGAUGAGAAAGGUGUGCUCAUCUUUGGCUACAGGCCCCAGACAAUAUGAUGGAACAUUCUAUGAAUUUCGUACCUAUUAUCUUAAACCCUCAAAGAUGAAUGAGUUCCUGGAAAAUUUUAAGAAAAAUAUUCAUCUUCGGACAGCACACUCCGAAUUGAUUGGAUAUUGGAGUGUAGAAUUUGGUGGCAGAGUGAAUACAGUGUUUCAUAUUUGGAAGUAUGAUAAUUUUGCUCAUCGAACUAAAGUUCGGCAAGCCUUGGCCAAAGAUAAGGAAUGGCAAGAACAAUUCCUUAUUCCAAAUUUGGCACUCAUUGAUAAACAAGAAAGUGAGAUUGCUUAUCUGGUACCAUGGUGCAAAUUAGAAAAGCCUCCAAAAGAAGGAGUCUAUGAACUGGCUACUUUUCAUAUGAAACCUGGUGGGCCAGCUCUGUGGGGUGAUGCAUUUAAAAGGGCAGUUCAUACGCAUGUUAAUUUAGGUUACACAAAACUAGUUGGUGUUUUCCACACAGAAUAUGGAGAGCUCAACAGAGUUCAUGUUCUUUGGUGGAAUGAGAGUGCCGAUAGUCGAGCAGCUGGGAGACAUCAGUCUCAUGAGGAUCCCAGAGUUGUAGCAGCUGUUCGAGAAAGUGUUAACUUCCUAGGAUUCCAGCAGAAUAUGCUUCUGAUUCCUACAUCAUUUUCACCAUUGAAAUAGUUUUCUACUGAAGUAAAAAACAUUUAACUAACUGCAAUCAGAUUUUGUCUACUAAUGGUGUUUAAAUUCUCAUAAGAGAUUCUAACUUUUAUUUUAAGGAGGUGGUAAGUUUAUGUACUAUGCCCUUGCAUUUUGUUACUUCAGGAAAUAGUUCUAUUCAUUUUCCCCAUGGCAUUUCCAUAUCCAUAAUACAUUCAAAAUACUUGUCCCUACUUGACUGUUCAUUUGUUUCAGAAUAUUUCUUCUCUAUUCUGACAACACUUGAUAGGAUUUUCUUAUAUCCAAAUGAUGUUAAAUUUUCAUGCUUGUGACAGUAUUUUUAAAUUAUUAAUAUGUUUUAUCAACCCUUUCAGUGUGUGUUUUCUUGGAUUUUUUUUUUUUUUUUUUUUUAGUUUUUUGAGGUUUAUUUUGUAAUGUCAAAUGGGAUUCAUGAAAAUAUUAAAAACACUUUUUAACUAUGGAAAAACACAUCAUUUGUGUCAUCUGUAUUAACUACAGUUUUCAUAUUAGUUUAUUAGUCACGUAUUUGGAAAAUAAUAGUAUUAGGUCCUGGCAUUAAAAUCUUCAAAGACCCAUUGGUUUACGUGCUGAAAUGUCUUUAUUUAUAAUUAAUUUCACUAAUACAGUAGAACUCUGUAAAUUGACCACCUAAGGGAAUGUAACAAACUGAUCAACAUAUGGAGGUGGUCAACAUAAAGAACUAGGCCUCUGUUCUGAUAGGUACAUUUGGUGCAUUUCCAGUCUAUGAAAAUUAGGUCAACUAAAAGAGGUGGUCAGUGCAGGGAGGUGGUCAGCUAUGGAGGUUCCACUGUAAUUUUUUUUAAAAGCUUCUCGUAUUUUUUAUAUCACUGACAUGCUUCCCCCAUAUACAAGUCCAUACACCUUCCUCUCUCCUAGAGCACAGAAGACAAACACAUAUGUGACAAAUACAUAUAGCUCACUGUAUAUUCAGAGCUGAAGUUCCAAGCUGGGGUAUUUGCCAAAGGGUGAAACAAUCAGACUGAACUCCAGGGCAAUGCAGACAAGCACAGGUGGCAGGAAAAUCCAUAACCAGGCAAUGGAGGGAGAAGAAGAUAGUAGAAAUAUAGCACGUGUUAGAAAGCAAAGGGGCACAUACCUAUUAAUUCAGCCAAC